AUGACUUCUGUCGAGAAGCCUACAACGCCGACGGAGGGCGCACCGCGCAUCGUGAUCAUGGCGGACCAUGAGAGCGAUGGUCCCCCGCCGGAAGCGGAGGGAGACAAAUCAGUUUGCGCUUACAUGUGCCAAGAUAUUCGAGGUUCUAUAUUUACAGAACUUCAGCUCGUCAUUCUGACAUUUUGCACCGGAAUGCAAGAUGCCACGACGUUCCCCGACUACCACUGCUUUGCGUCCAACCAGACGGGCAAUACCGUCUUCCUGUGCUUGGCACUCAUCCUCCCCCAAUUGAACGGCGAAACGUUCUUCACGCCCAACAUUGGCAUGGCCCUCGGCCUCUUCUUGGGAGCCGGCUGGCUUACAGGCCAGCUCAGUCACAUUAUCGGACCCCGGAAAAGGUGGUGGCUCAUACUAUGUAAUCUUGUCCAGUCGAGCCUCGUCCUUGGCGCAGCGGCCAUCCAAUAUCAAUAUGGAGUCAAGUCACAAGGAUCCCAGGCAUUGGUUGUCAUCGGGUUACUAGCCUUUGCCGCCGGAAGCCAAGUUGUCCAGUCCAGAAGUCUAUCGAUGACGGAAAUCAGCACUGCAAUGGCGACUGCAGCGUGGGUUGAUCUCAUGAUUGACCAGAAGCUUUUUGUAUUGAAGAACCGGCCUCGCACUCGCCGUAUAGCCUUCCUCUUGGCCCUCGUCCUGGGCACGCUCGUCGGAGCUGCGAUUUACAGGGAAGUAGGAUCCGCUACUGCCAUUGUGGUUUCGGGAGCUGGCAAGCUACUAGUGACAUUUCUUUACCUUUUCUCUCCUGCCGAAAAGCCUCAGAAGGAGGAGAAGUCCCCUGCAUAG